UCAGCACUUUACUCCAUGUUAAAAGGGUCAAGUGCAAUGUUGUGACUCCUUCAAAGUGAUAUGGAGGAAUGACUUGCGACUGGGAGUAAGAAGGCUGAGAAUGCAAAACACAAGCUGAUAGUAAUCGGGUAGAGCAGAAGGGGAAAAAUGCAAAAGAAGCUAAACGUUCUUGCUGACUCACUAGAGUGAACCAAGUUAUAUUAGUUUAAACGUUCCUGGUUUUUUAGCAAAAUGCUGUAAUUAACUUGAGUGAGAUGAUAUGAGGGACUCGUACAGGAACGAGAGGGGGUCUCCGUUUACGAUAUCCAAUCUAGGCACGAUGGAUGAGGAAACAUUGAACAGACUCGCGGCAGAAGCUUUACUCGAGGAGGCUAAGGUUGGUGCCAGAAGAGCUGAAAUAAUGGGACCCAGUGGUUGGAUCAAACCGAAGGAAACUAUCAACAAAAGAUUUCUUCAUUCAACUUUGCGCAAUGUAGUGCUGUCAAAUAAGCAUCGGACAUCAAAGAAAGACAAAACACAUGAGUGUAAAACGCAGAGAGACACAAAUGACAAGAAGUGAAUAACGUGAGUGUAAAUAUGUAUAUUAAUUUUAAAGUACAAGAAAUUCUCAAGUGUCUUGCAAAGUAUGGCAUUGAAUGUACUAUGCUCAGUACAAAAAUAUAUUCUCAUUGUAUUCUUUGAUCAGUCUAAUUAAUGAAUAUCCAUGUGGACAGAAUAGUUGCAGAAAGUUAGAAAAACAAUGCGUUUUAUAUAAAAUGUUUAUACUUGAUGAAACAGUAUCAAAGUAUAGUUAUACAUUAUUAUCUAUUUAUUUCAAUAUUAUGUAUGAUAAUGUUGAUGGGAAGGAAUUUUUAACAGAGAAAGAGAUUUGGUUGUUCAA